UGAGUAAUUCCCGAACUGCGUUUUUGCGCCUAUGCCUCGAAGGGCAUUUCGGGAAGAGGGCGCCUUUUGUUGUGUUUGUUUAGAGUCCAAAAUAGUAAUCUUUACUCCAUCCGUAGUAACAGCAAAUGCGAUUCUCGCGAUAUUUUGCGACAGUCAAGACUUCCGGAUAAUGACGAGUGUGCGGAAAGAGGAUCUGAAUCGACGGACUGUAAUAUAACUCUUACAAAUGGGAAUUAUGCGUAAAGAAAUAGUAAGAACAGUGCUGUGACCGUUUUAUUUUUUUAUUUUUAGCGGGUUUAACAUAUAGUUUUGUGUUUUAAUUGUAUUGUGUGAGUAUAUUAUAACUGCACACGCUACGCAGCAUUUACUUUGUUGAUCGUAAAAGGAACUGGCGUGUUUCCUCAAGAAAGCCAUUGAAUGUCGCUUUCACGAAACGCACAGAUUUCACGGUGAGAGAUAUGGAUUAAAAAUCGUCGAAAUGAUCCGCCACGUUUGCGUAGGGACGGUUUUGAUGCUGUUAAUCAACAUCGAGGGGACAUUCUGCUUAUAUCCGCCUCAGGAUGUCAAGUUAGUCGGAUCAUAUCUGCAGUGGAAGAAGCCUCCGGAUGAAGAUAGUGUGCUGUAUUUACUGCAGUGUAAACAUGGCUCCAAAUCAGACGAUGAAUGGUACAAUGUGAUGAGCCAUAACGAGACCGAGUUAAGAUUUAAAAUCUCUCCCGAGUUUUAUGAAGCAGUAUUUCGAGUACGCGCAGAGAAAGGAAACAACAUGUCUGAAUGGCAAUAUUCAAAGAAAGUCCAGUGUGUAAAUGCUAACUCUUGUGUUCCUGUGAUGAAACUGUCUGUAAAACCUGAAAAGGCUUAUGUGACUUUGGAACAUAUGGACGAGAGCUUGGAGAAAGAACAUGGAGAAAAUAUACAAUUUAAUGUAUCAUUCUGGAAAGUGGAUAAUGGAGGAUACUCGAAGGUAGAGUUUAUUAUUACAAAUAGCAGGAAACAAAUACUGGAACUGGAAUCAGGGCAAAACUACUGUUUCCAGGUUCAGUAUCUCUUCUAUGAAAAGCCUUAUGGAAAUGUUAGCAACCAAAGUUGUGCAAUCAUCCCAGAAACGCUGGAAAUGAUAAAGAGCCGUGAUUUGCUGUUUAUUAUAUUAACUACACUGCUUUUUACGGCCAUGUGUGGAGUCUGCAUUUUUAUGCUUUUUAAGCACCACAAAAAGGUCAAACAGCUGUUACAACCACUCCGCCUGGUAAUUCCUGACCAUUAUCUAGAGUUUUUAAAGUCUGGGGACGGGGAGUUUCCUCUGCAGGCAUGUUCAAGUCCCAGCAGUCAAAGUUUACAGUCAUGUGACAUGAUCAUAGUAAUAGAGAACAGCAGUGUGAAGCAGAAAGGCCAAGAAGAGGAACAAGUUUUUUAACUUAAUGAUUGUGUUUGUCUUUAUGCAUAUAAAGUGUAUUUACUUUUUUUUUUGGUAAACAGUAUGCUUUGCACAUCACUAACAAGCUAUGCUUACAAAUUCAAAUCUGUACUGUGUAAGUACAGAUUUUUUUAAAAUACUGGUCCAGGAUCAGAAAACAGUUGUAUUAGUAAUAGGGUAUAUAUUGCUGAACACAGAAUAUAAUUUGAUUCCCCCUUUGAUUUCAGCUAUUUGGGUUAGAUUAGAUAACAAUGUUCAAUAUGUCUAGCUCUAUUAACACUAAAUAUGAAAAUCAUUGUUUGUUGCACCAGUUUUAGGACAAUGUAAUCGCUAUCUGCCUCUAAUAUACAUAAGGAUCUAGGAUGGGGAAAGCAGGGGUUGAGCACAAGUAAAUAAUUAAAUUCCUGCCCAUAACAUUUAAAUACGUUUAAAUGUAUAUGAAAUCUGCAAAUCACUGUAAUAAUUUAAUUUGCUUGUUAUUGUUUGGCACUAACUGUGAUUGGUCGCUCCAUUUGAUCCUCUGUUAUUUCUUCCCUGUUACAACACAAGACACAAGUGCUCAGUUUUUAGUAUUGCAUUUAGUAUUUAGUUACCUUAAUGUUAUUUAAAAUUCCUUCUAAAUAGCAGUAUACAUUUGGUCUUGUCUUCCCCUUUAAUUUC